AUGGCAAACCAGCACGCCUCCUCCAUCUUGGAGAACCUGGCCAGCACAGGCAAUGCCUAUGUGCAUGGCCAGCCUGGUUCUCGAGAGAAUCUGAUUGAGCUCUCGCGCCAGCUCAUUGCGAGCCUGGAGAUACCUAGCGAGUUUUUGCAGAGGAGCUUCUGGGCAGAGCCCGCCAUGUCCGCACACCUCAGACUGGCUGUCGAUCUCAAUAUCCUGGGACUCCUUCGUGACGCAGGCCCCGAUGGCCUCGACCCCGAAGCCCUCGCCGAGAAGAUUGGCGUGCAAGCAAGCCUCUUCAAGAGAUUGAUGCGGCAUCUUGUUGCCAUGCAUGUCCUGACAUACUCCGACGGCAAGAUCCAUGCAACAACCCUGAGCAAUGGGCUUGCCGCAGAAGACUACCAGCGAAGCAUCAUGUUCUGCUACGACGUCACCCGACCCUCUUUCAACAACUUCCCGGAUCACUUCAAAAGAGUUGGAUUCGUCGAGCCGACAACGACAAAUGACGGACCGUUCAAUGAUGCAUUCAGCACGCCGCUGCCAUUCUUCGACUGGCUCAAUGCGAACCCACCAAACAUUCAGAACUUUGCUUCUUUCAUGGCUUCCUACCGCGCCGGAAAGCCCAAUUGGUUCGAUGAGGGGUUCUAUCCCGUCAAAGAGCGAUUGAUUGAGGGCUUCGACGCGAGUAUCGGGAGCGCGCUACUUGUGGACGUCGGUGGUGGCAGGGGCCAUGAUAUGGCCAUGUUCGCCGCAGAGCACAAGGGUCAUCCUGGAGAUAUUGUUUUGCAGGAUCAAGAGGCGGUCAUCGGGGAGAUCCAGGACAAGAAAUCCCAGCCGUUUAUUGCUACAGCCCACGACUUCUACACUCCACAGCCCGUCAUCGGCGCUCGGGCGUACUCUUUGCACUCGAUAUUGCAUGACUGGGACGACGAGCACGGAUCCCGAAUCUUGGAGAACCUCAAGCCGGCGCUGAAGCCAGGGUACUCGAGGGUGCUUCUCAACGAGAUUGUAUUGUCGGAAGAGGAGCCCACACUGGCAGCUACCUCGAUGGACAUGAUGAUGCUGGGGCAUCUCAAUGUCCGCGAGCGUACCGAGGCCCACUGGAGGACCAUCAUUGAAGGGGCUGGACUGAGAGUGAUAAAUAUCUACCGUUAUCCUGGCAGUGCGGAAAGUCUCAUUGAAGCAGAGCUCGCGGAGGCGGUUGCGGCACCGAAGAUUUAG